AAUGGAUUUCAAUUUUAAUCCACAAUCUCCAUACAUAAACCUUCAAAUUACACACAUCUUUCAUAAAUUGAACAGUAAGACAGAGUAUGAUGUCUUUUAUAACAGUGAACAAAAUGAAAUUUAGGCCAAUGAGCUCUGACAAAUGUAUACCAAAACCGGUAUUACGAGAGGAUUUGUUUAAAAACAUUUCAAUUAUCCUUUAUCGACAGACACGACUUCGGUGGUAUUAUCAGGCGCUCGUAGAAAAGAUGGCGUCGUUAAUGGAGAACUAUGAGCAACAAUAUGCAGUUUUGACGGCUGAUAUAACUGCCAAAAUCGGGAAACUAACUUCAUCACAUGGGGCUGACAAGAAGACCCUUGUUCUUGACGUUGAAAGACAUAUGGAGGAGGCCCAGGAACUUCUUGAGCAGAUGGAACUGGAGGUUCGAGAAGUUGAAGCUUCUACUCGUCCACGUUUGAGGACGCGAGUUGACAGUUAUAGGGCGGAACUUGGUAGGCUUAGCCAAGAGUUUAUGAAAGUUCGGAGUCCUCCAUUUCAAGAUGGAUUGUUUGGGCAAGAUGAUGUAUAUGGGAGUGGAGUAAGCAUGAAUGAAGAACAGAAGUUAAGACUUCUUGAUAACUCAGAGAGACUAGAACGAACAGGGCAUCAUCUUACCACAGGUUAUAGAAUUAUUCUGGAGACAGAAGAAAUUGGAUCUCAAGUUUUGCAAGAUUUACAUGCUCAACGUGAAACAAUUCAGAAAUCACGAAGUAGGUUGCGAGAAACAGAUGCUGAGUUGGGGCGGAGUUCAAGGAUCAUCAGUGGAAUGAUCAUGCGGUCUAUGCAGCAUCGCCUUAUCUUGUUUGGUGUUGCUGUUGUAUUUGUCAUUGUUAUUGUGUUAGAAUCUGCAAUACUUGCAGAAUCCGGAUGCCACCAUCAUGCCUGGUUCAGUAUUUGAAUUCAGAAACUUUUUCAAUCCUGAAAAGUGAAGGGAACAAAAGUGUGUGUGCUUUGAGGUGAUUAACAUUGUCUAUAUACUUUCUUCUAUAAAUCAAAUCAUUUAAAAAAUAUAAUGACUAUGCCUUUACUUACCACAUACAUCUUCUAUCUACUUGUGGAUAUUAUAGGAUUGUGUCAAACAAUUAAAUGUAACCCCUUGCUGAUAUUUCCAUCAGCCAUCACAAUUGAAGUAUAUUUAUAUGUUAUUAUAUACUGUAUUAAAAAUAUAUAACAAAAAUAAAGUUUUGCUCUACACAAGA